UCGUGCGACGUUGGCGGCGUUCGGUCGAUCGAUCGCGUUCCCUAUUGGGGCCACGAUGGACAAUUAAAAGCGACUACGUAAUCGCUUGUGUAGACGGUAGAGGUCAUUCAGCAUUCUGAUCGCCGUCGAUUACGCGUAAUUGCCGGGCUAUGGGGAAAGCGGCCAUGUUUCCGUCGUGAAUCGUCGAUAGUCGAACACACAAACUACAUAGGGUCGAACAGUUUGUGUUUGUUUAUGGAACGGUGAUGACGUUUGCGCGUUCUUAAUUUGAACUGCAUUACUUUUUUAAAUUACUCGAGAGUCGCGGCAAAGAACUGGCCUACUGCACUUUUUUUUUAAUUUUAUCGCGGCAAAGGCUUGAAUAAUGGUGACAAAACAGAAGAUUCUAGAGGAUCUACAUCCUCUAGCUAUUAUAAGAGAGGUGGAGAAAUGGCCAGUAUUGUAUAGAGGAGACAGUCGAGACAGAGGGAACAAGCCGUACAAAUCGAAAGUGUGGAAAAAAGUUGCCGAAAAACUGUUUGAAGAUUGGAACACGCUUAGCGACAAGGAAAAGGAAAACAAAGUUAAAGGGGUAAAAAGAAGAUGGCGGAAUCUGCGAGUCGCGUUCAAACGUCAGGUGGAAUUGAACAAGAAAGUAAAAACGGGACUGGAAACGAGCAAGUCGCAAUACAUAUUCUUCAAGGAUAUGGAGUUUCUUCUGCGGACUGAUGGAGAGAAGAAUUUAAAAAGUUCUUCGGAAGGCCCAAGUGUGAAGAGAGAAAUAGAAGUGCCGGUUAUUGAUGAUGUGGCGCAGAGCUCUUGUGCACAUGAUCUUGAUGAAGAUAGACACUUCGUGUUAUCCCUCAUACCGACCCUGAAGAAACUCUCUGAUGAGGACAAGUUAACCACAAAGAUGGAGAUUCUGAAGGUCCUGAGGAAAGCCAGUCAGAAGUCCAGUAGCUCUGAUGGUCAGAUUUUCGAUGAGUCUGUUCUCAACAAUCUGAAGUCUGAACUAGAUGCUGAAUGUGAUGAUAGCUUGAGCGAGUAGCUUAUGGAAAUACCGAGGAUUGUUGCUGUGAAACCUUAAAAGUGGAUGCCGUGAAAAUUCAAAGUGGGUGCUAUGAAAAAAAUAAAAUCUACAUAUAAGGUUGGUUGCUGAGAAACCUUAAAGAUUGGUUGCCGUGAAACUUCAAAGACCGGUUACUGGGAAACUUAAAAGGCUGCUUGCCGUGAGGAUUCAAAGGCUGGUUGCAAUGAAACCUUAAAGGCUGCUUGUGGUUAAACUAUCGGUUAU